UGUAUUUCCUUCAUUUGGAAGAUUUCGUUGGUUUGUCGAAGGAAAGAAAACUUCUCCCAUAAUGGCAGGCUGGAUAACGGCCCCCACGAAGAGAUCAGAUGCAGUUGACUAUAAGAAACCUCUCGAAAAAUUUAUAAAAAACACGUUUAGCGAGGAAAUAUUAAACGAAAAUGCUGAUGCUAUUGCAGACUUGAACAAGCUUCGAACAACCGCUGUAAUGCAAAAUACUGAAAAACACGAAUCCUCUUUGCAGCCUUUGUUGAGAUAUUACGAUCAGCUUGUAUCAAUGGAGGGAAAAUUGCCAAUCACUGAAUCUCAGAUUCGUAUUUCUUUUACAUGGUAUGAUGCAUUUGACAAGGGCUCUAUGUUUGGUUAUAAAAAAGCCUCAUUAUCAAGCAGUGCUUAUGAAAAGAUUUGUCUUUUGUUCAACAUUGGUGCCUUACAAAGCCAGAUAGCCAGUGCACAAAAUCUAAAUUCAGAGGAUGGUGUUAAACUAGCAGCAAAGAUGUUCCAGGAACCUUUUAUGUUAUUUAAUAAUGURUUUUUGGAAACAUUUCAGGAAUUUAUUUCAGUGCUGAAGGCCAAGUCUAAUUAUUUUUUGGCAAUAGCCAACUAUCAUCAGGGGGUUGUAGCAAGAGAAAAAGGGUUAUAUGGAGAGAACGUUGCAAGAAUGAAGAUUGCACUACAGAAAUCUCAAGCAGCACAGAAGGAGAGUUUAGGGCUGUUUARUACCGAUACUUGGGUAGAUCGUAUAAAGCGCUCUUACACCCAAGAYGACAAAGACAAUAACCUUAUUUAUCAUGAUAUGAUACCUGAAGAAAGUAAGCUAACAGCUAUUGGUCGAGCAGCCCUUGCCAAGCCUCUGCAGUUAUCCAAGCCAGCAUCAGAAAAUUUUAUGGAUAUUUUCACGAAAAUGGUACCAAUGGCUGUACACAAUGCACUUGUUGCGUAUGAAAGCCGUAAAGCAGAGAUAGUUAAUCUUGAGAUAGGGAGAAUGAGAGAGGGRACUCAGUUGAUAAACAGUGUCUUAGUUUCAUUGAACCUCCCUGCUGCAAUUGAGGAUCUGUCUGGUGAUAAAGUUCCCAAGUCUGUUUUAGAAAAGGCAGAAAAGGUUCAAGAACGAGGAGGAGUGGCUACUAUAGAUACCCUAAUGCAGGACCUUCCUGAGCUGUUACAGCGGAACCGUGAGGUGUUAGACGAGGUAAAUGUGCCGAUUAUGAGAACGGCUGAAAUAGCAGCUUAUCUCCCAAAAAUAAGCGCUGCUUCAUCCAACGCUGCAAAAAGUGGCACUGUCGCAGAACUUCGAAAGUUGAUCAAUGAAAUUGACACCAUUAAAGCUGAACGUGACUCUCUGGAGGAAGAUCUGAAGGUACAACAGGACGAUAUGGCUGUCAAGUUUCUUAGUGCUUUGGCUGCUGAUGGGUCUAUUACUGACGUAGAAGGUAUCAUUGGAGGAAAUCUUAGUGCUACAUUUGACCCAAUCAAGGAAAAAGUAACGGAAAGCAUGGCUUCACAAGAGAGAGUCCUUGCUGCUCUUCAGACAACAAACCAAAAAUUUGUUCAAGAGAGGCAAUCUGGACAAGCUGUCACAGAAAGGGAGGCUAAACUGAAGGAAUUGGCUACAGCUCACGAUAGCUAUAUGGAACUGACUGCAAACCUUAAAGAAGGGACAAAGUUUUAUAAUGAUCUCACACCAAUCCUACUGAGAUUUCAGCAAAAGAUCAGCGAUCUUGUCUUCGCCCGCAAGACUGAAAGGGAUGACUUAUCUAAGGAACUUCAAAAUUCAAUCGCCAAUCAACCGGCGGAAUCUACUCCUACUGCACCAGUUCACCAUAAUGAACCCAGACAACCCCCACCACGGCCACCACCACCAGCGACGCAGUCCCAAUCAUCUACUACUGCCCAGGGACAAUAUGCCACUGCACCAGCACCRUACCAGGGAAAUUACUACCAACCCAUGCCUGCACCAGGAUAUGCACCCUAUGGAUAUGGUGCCUAUGCCCCACCUGGUGGCAUGGGCGGGUAUGGAAUGCCACAAGGACCAGCUGCUCCUCCAUUGCCUGGAGGUUACUACUAUGCACAACCCCCAGGAGGGUUUUCGUACCCUCAACAACCUGGUCAACCARGACAGCCAGGACAGUAUAGACAAUGAGUAGCGCACAAAUUUUUGUYCUAAUUAAUUUACCAGUACUAACCAGCUUGUCACUAGAUACUAAAUAAUUCAUGGACUAUUAGUACAUGGACCAACUUGGCUACGUUGUCGUAAAGGUACAAACUACGUAAAAUUAUAAUGUAAAAACUGUAAUCGUAAUUACAAGGUGUUCAAAUGAUCAAUUUUUUUUAAGUAUAUUCAUCGCUUGAAAGACUUAGAACAACUGUUUUACUAUCACAUUGUGGCGUGCUAGGUUUUCUUUGAUUGAUAAGCAAUGUAACAAACAAUAUUGGACAUGACAUAUUUUACCGAAGGAAACUUAAGACGCCAUACUGACUGAACGUCCUGUUCCUUGAAUCCCAUUACAAAACCWUGAAAUAUAUCAUGAAAUGAAAACAUUUGAUGUGUAAGUAUUGGGGUUUGAAAAGAAGUUUAUUGUAKUCUUUAAGAUUAUCUUACAGUUUUAGAGCUAAGCAAGACAUUGGUGAUUCAGCACAAUUUGUCUUUUCUAGAUUUUCAACACUUCUGCUUGAUUUAUCAUGAUAAUGUGGUGCUUAGAACGUAAAUAAAUGCACUUUCUUAACGAAUAAAUGUAGAUUCCUAUUAAA